ACUUAAAGCGCAGCGGUGCGGCGGCUCGGAGUCCGCGGCGGUAAAUGGCGCUGCGUGGGAGAGUGGCUCUGGUGACUGGGGGAGUGCAGGGGAUCGGGAGGGCUGUAGCCGAGAGCCUGCUGAAGAACCAUGCCAAGGUUGCACUUGUAGAUCUGAACCAGUCGGUUGGAGAGAAGUGUAAAGAAGAGUUGGAUGAACAGUAUGGACAAGACAACUCUCUUUUCAUUCAGUGUGACGUCACAGACGGAGGAAAGCUACAAGAGGCAUUUAACAGCACGGUGGAGUGUUUUGGAAAACUAGACAUCGUCAUCAACAAUGCUGGAAUCAAUAACGAGAAGAACUGGGAGAAGACCAUCCAGGUGAACCUGACCUCUCUUAUUAAAGGCACAUAUUUAGCUCUGGAGCACAUGAGUAAGGAGUACGGCAAGGAGGGCGGGGUCAUCAUUAACGUCGCCUCUAUGGCAGCAUUCCUUCAUUCCCCUUUUCAGCCGGUGUACACGGCCACCAAACAUGGUGUAAUCGGCUUCUCCAGAUCGAUGGCGGAUGCGUCAGAACUUUGCAAGUACGGUGUGAGGAUCAACGUCCUGUGUCCAGCCUUCGUGGACACGCAGCUCCUCCUCAGCAUUGAGUGCGAAGAGACCAUGGGCAAGUUUGUGAAGUACAAAGAUGACGUAAAGCAAAAGAUGGACAAAUACGGGAUUCUUAAGCCAUCCAUGAUCGCAGAAGGAAUGAUGCGCCUUAUAACAGACGAGAGCCUUAAUGGAGCUGUGAUGAAAAUCACCUGCUCGAAAGGGAUUCACUUCCACGUGUAUGAGCCUCUGUCAGCCUGAACCAGCACUAAAUCCACUCAGCUCAGGGCUCUCAUUCAGCAGCUUGUCCAAACCGGUCUCCUAAACAAUCGGAGAUCAGCCCGGAUGUGCCUGGGAUUCCUGAAAACACAAAGAAUGAGUUAAGACGCAUGUCUAACAGGAAAGUCCCUCUUGUUUCACGUGAUUAAGCAGAGUAAUUUACACUGUCUAAUGAGUCGCAGCUUUAUCAUGUGAAAAAUCCUGUCUGUUUAACACACAGAAUAAAGUGAAGCAGGAUAAUCUGAAGUUCAAAAUGUUGAGAUUUACAGCAAAAUGUAUCAGGUUUGUGUGUCUUCCUUGCUGAUGUUUGACUGCUGUGUAUCGAGUGUGAUUGAAACCAUGUUAUAAUGACUCGUUAGGAAAAACUGUUGCUUAUAUUUAUCUGAUUUUUCCUGCCAUAAUCACUUCAGAUAACAGAAAUCCUGUUCUUAUUGUAUGUAUUAAAUCAAUGUUACUAUUUACAGCAGAAGUUAAGGGGUGCUAAUAUAUUAUAGUGUUUAGAUUUUGUAAAUAAAUAAAAAUCUAAAAUGAUUGAAUGAAUAAAUGCAUAUUAAAAAG